AAACUUUCUAUCCCCAAAACCUACAAAUUGCAUAUCACGACCGGAAGUAAUCUAGGAGUCUAAAACAAUGUCUGACACCGACUCUGACACGGCUAGCUCAGUCGGUAGUCUGAUUGAGGAUGCCUCUGAACCCGAUACCACGACUUUCAAGUGUCUUUUCUGUGAUAAACCAUGGGGCAAUGUACCUGAAAUGUUCACACACUGCGAAAGCGAGCAUAAAUUCAACGUCAAAGCUGCAAUUCAGGAGAUUGGGUCAAAGCUCGAGGAGAUUGGUGUCAUUAAGCUAGUAAAUUACCUACGCUUGGAAGCUCAGAAGGGUACAGAUCCGUCUGCACUCACGGUAACACCCGAAAACUUAGCCGACGACAAAUAUCUCGUUCCUACACUUGAGGAUGAUCCGUUACUCUUUGAAUUGGGAGAUUUCAUGCCCGAUUCAAAUGAGCAAGUGCGAGAUUAUGAAGAGUACGAAGCAGUGCUUUCCAAGAACUUGCCCGAGGAUGUGUCCAAAAUCGACGUCAGUGGAGAGCGUGACGAGCGUUAUUUUGACUCCUACAAGGGCAAUGGUAUCCAUCGCGAGAUGAUCGAGGACCGCGUGCGCACAGAGUCGUAUCGUGAUUUCAUCGAAAAGUAUGCCCAUCUCAUCAAAGACAAGGUUGUGUUGGACGUAGGCUGCGGGACAAGCAUAUUAAGUCUGUUCUGCGCAAGAGCCGGAGCGAAGAAGGUUUUUGCAAUCGACAAUUCCGACAUUGCUUUACGAGCGAGGGAGAUUGUAAAGAAGAACGGAUAUGACAACGUAGUUGAAGUCAUCCAAGGGCGCAUCGAGGAUUUCCAUCUCCAGCAAAAAAUCGGCAAGGGUAAUGUCGACAUUAUUGUUUCAGAAUGGAUGGGCUACGGUCUUCUAUUUGAGGGCAUGCUUGACUCCGUACUGAAGGCAAGAGACAUCUACCUCAAGCCAGAUGGUCUCAUGGUGCCAAGCCACUGCACACUUCGGGUAGCUCCAAUCUCAGACAAGACCUGGAUAUCUGAAAGUACUGGAGAAAACUUCUGGAAAGAUGUCUACGGGUUCGACUUUUCAACCAUGAUACCGGGUGGAUUAUUGAAUGAUAGGGAAAUUGGCGUGUUCGAUGUACCGCCCAAAUCGAUAAGCGGCAGCGCGUCAACAUUUUACGAACUUGACCUCGCUCGGAUCACUGUGCCGGAAUUGGACUUCACAGCACCGUAUUCGACUACGCUCGACCGAGAUGUCGAAUCCCUGGAUGCAUUCGCUAUUUGGUUUGAUACCUUCUUCCUCCCCCACGGGAGCAAACCGGAUCUUAGCCAAGCAGACGCUCUGAAAUGGAGUGCAAAUGGGGCAGAGGGCGUAGCGAUGGCUACAGGUCCAUUCGGCACAGCCACGCACUGGCAUCAAGCCGUUCUGCUGCUGGAUGACAAAGACAGGAAAACAUCUCUCAAGCAGGGAACUACCUUGAAGGGACAAAUUACAUAUAAGAAGAGGAGAAGAGACGUUCGAGGCAUUGAUGUUGAUGUGUCUUGGGCUGCGGAAGGUGUCGAAGGAAAGGUCUCAAGGCCGAUGGGUUGAAGGAAUGUACCAGUAAUAGGUGGCUUAUGUUCAAAGUUGCAUGGGCCCGUACGUGUAGGUGUUCUCGGUGUUGGGACAGGUUAUCAAAAAAAGGAGUGAUCCUUGUUGGACGUUAGGACUGCGUGGACGGUCUACUCAUUUCUAUUCUAUAUUAGAGGAAUAUGAAAG